GUGGGCGAUCAACCUUUCCCAAGCCUGUGCCCUCCGACUUCCCAGACACCAGUCGUCACGCCGACCAGCCCGUCGACGACCCCUGCCCCCCCAGCACUGCCGUCAGCCAACCAGAAACAAGCACCACUCUGGACCUGCGAAACGGCCUGCCUGUCAACCCUCCUCCUCCUGCUAAUCUCCCACCUCUCCCUCCCCCUCCUCUAGCCUCAGUCCCAGCCCCGGUCAGCCCCGACCUUCUUCCCCCUUCUCCGCCCCUGCCUGACAUGAGCCCCCAGCGGCCCACCACCCUCGCCCUGAAGACCCUGCCGCGCCCCAGCACCGUCCAGGAGAAUGGGGGACCCCCAAAAGGCGUCAAUGAGGAAGAGGAAGAGAGGAAAGUGAUGAAGGAAGAUCUAAAAAGGUGUAUUGAGGAUUUUAGGAAGAUCAAAGUUCCUAAAGUCUUCCCUGACAAGAAGAGGCACUGGCAGAGCGACCUACUGAAAAAAUACGACGCCUAGGGGCAUUGACGUUACCACAGCAACCCAACAGACCCAACACAAUAAGAUGGUGUUACUGUGUAUAUCGGAUUACAGUAAUAAGCAGUGUGUAUCAACGAUUGGCUUGAAUAGGACUUGCAUUAAAUUGGCACUGGACUUUAGAAAUCAGGAAUGAAACUGUACUAGACCACAUUGAUUCCAGUGGUUUUAUUAUCACAUAAUGCUUUCUGGUUCAUGGUUCCAUAUACUCACCUUUACUUGAAGCAAAAACUAUGAGGACAAUACAAUUAAGUGUUAGCAACACAAUGGAACGAAUACGUUUACAGGCUAGUGCUGCUGAUGAAGAUAUCUACUUUACAUGUCAACAGCAAAUGGAUACUAUGACUGAUAUUAGACUGGACAACUAUAAUAUCAUAUACAGAGGACUCCUAUGACUGACAUUAGACUGGACAACUAUAAUAUCAUAU